GCCACCCGCCCGCUGAUCCGGCUCCGCAGGGGAAAGAACGAGAUGGUCAGCCCGCGCGCCGCAGCAAAAUGCUGGAUGGACACCGCCUGCUCCGCUGGCUCUGCUUCUCCGCCUCCUGCGCGCUCCUAGUGCUGCUCGCCGGCGCCCCGGGACCCUCCCUUGCCUACUUCGGGUUGACUGGGAAUGAACCCUUGACCAUCCUCCCUCUGACCUCAGAAAUGGAGGAAGCUGCCAUCAAAGCCCAUUACAAAGUGUGUGACCGCCUGAAGCUGGAGAAGAAGCAGCGGAGGAUGUGCCGGCGCGAUCCCGGCGUGGCCGAGACCCUCAUGGAGGCCAUCAGCAUGAGUGCCCUGGAGUGCCAGUACCAGUUCCGCUUUGAGCGGUGGAACUGCACCCUCGAGGGCCGCUACAGGGCCAGCCUGCUGAAGAGAGGUUUCAAGGAGACAGCCUUCCUUUACGCCAUCUCUUCAGCGGGGCUCACCCACGCCAUGGCAAAAGCCUGCAGUGCCGGGCGGAUGGAGCGCUGCACCUGUGAUGAGGCACCCGACCUAGAGAACCGCGAGGCCUGGCAGUGGGGCGGCUGCGGCGACAACCUCAAGUACAGCAACAAGUUUGUCAAGGAGUUCUUGGGGAAGAAAUCUAACAAGGACCUGCGAGCCAGGGUAGACUUCCACAACAACCUGGUUGGCAUGAAGGUCAUCAAAGCUGGUGUCGAGACCACUUGCAAGUGCCAUGGCGUUUCAGGGUCCUGCACCGUCCGGACGUGCUGGCGGCAGCUGUCUCCGUUCCACGAGAUUGGCAAGCAGCUGAAGCAGAAGUACGAGAUGGCGCUGAAGGUGGGCAGCACGACCAACGAGGCGACGGGUGAGGGGGACAUCUCCCCGCCCAAGAGAUCCAUCCCGGGCCAUGGUGACCAAAUCCCAAGGACUACAGACCUCGUCUACAUUGACGAUUCCCCGAGCUUUUGCCUGUUGAGCAGGUAUUCGCCCGGCACGUGGGGCAGGAAAUGUUACAAAGACAAGAACUGCGAGAGCAUCUGCUGUGGCCGGGGCCACAACACCCAAAGCCGCGUGGUGACCAGGCCCUGCCAGUGCCAAGUCCGAUGGUGCUGUUAUGUGGAGUGCAAGCAGUGUACGCAGAGGGAGGAGGUCUACACUUGCAAAGACUGACGUGGGCAUGGCGAGGGUUCUUGUGCUCAAGCGGAUAGCCUUUAAUGAUGGCAGAGGGUCACCCAUGGAAGUGAAACAGGGUUUGAAAGGUGUUUCAUGGUGACUGAAAGCUAUGCUGAGAUGAUGUAAGCACUUUGUUAGGGUACUGGUGAUCCCCCCCCCCCACGCCGUUACCUUCUUAUUCUCCCAACUUCUGUCUUCUCUGCAAAUCAAUCUGAGGUCCAAGUGCAGGGAAACAAGUGCUUGUCACGUGGAGUGUGUGUUGACUUUGGGGGCAGUUGAGCUACUGCCGAAGAAGUGACAAAAUGAUUCACAGUGACUGGAAGGGAUUGCUUUCUAUUCCAUCUAGGUCCUUUCCCCCCCCCUUGCCAUCCUCUGCAGAACCUUGGCUACAUAAGGUAUUCUCCUUGGGUAUCAAACUAUGUGUGACCUAUAACAUGGCCGUGUUUAUUCCGUGGCUGGCCUGACUGUCUUGAGAGCCAUAGGGAGGAACUAAAGAACCCGUUUUACGAAGAACUUGUCACCAAAAGCGUAUCAACGGACAGGGUGGUGAUGUUGGACUUCUACAACAUCUCUUCAAGAAGGGGAAUUGAAGUUAAGAAGUUGCAUACGAGGAUCUCCAAAAACGUGGCUUAAAUGUGGCCUGCUUGAAAGGAGGCUGUUCUGGUACCUCAAAGAGGAAACUUUUGAUUCUGCACUUUGAAUCAGAGAUUGUGUGAAUUCCUUCCAAAUGUUUUUUGGUCCAGCCGGUCAAGGUAUCUCUUUGCACACUCCACCUCCAUCCACCGUUCACUUUUUUCACUUGUCACCUUCAUGAUCUACUUUUGUCAACGAUAAAACCACUAGAGGCCUUUGUAAACCAGCACCCUAUAUUUGUUUUGUACCUCUUAUUGCUCCAAGACUCGCCCUGUGGACGCUGCUUUAAAUUCCAAUGCAUAAUAUAAUCCAAAUUUCCAGACAUGCAGUUUUGGCAAGCUGCCUUUUUGACGAUGGAGAAACCCUGUUGCCUUGUGGGCCACAAUACUGCUUUUACUUUUUCCUUGAAAGCCAUUCUUGACCAGAUCGCACAUCCCAAAAUUCUACAUCUGCUAGGAUUUCAUUCCUGUUACACUCAACAGUGGUAGCGGUAUGAACUGGCACAAAUCUCCAUAUUGAUCUCUAUAACAUUUUUUUCCCUUAAACCACUAGAUUGAGGCUUGCAUUGUAGAAGUUACAAACAAUGAAUAGCGACAAUUAACAGCAAUGAAAAUAUUGGAUUCCAAGUGACUGAUUAGGAAAGAUCAAGGCAGGAGGAAAGGAAGCCAGAGAAGAAGCAGGACAGCAGCUACCAAAAGCACUGGUGGUCUGGCCUCUGCUUGUCAUCCUUCCGUUGCUUUUAAAUUGGAACGUUACAAAUUUUGUGGCUUGGCACUGCUGACUUUUCUUCUUCAACAAUCCUACUUGGAUUGGAAGUGUCUGGCUAACUUCCUGGCGAAGUGCCGUUGUAGGCAGUGAUAAUUAGCAUUAGGCAAUUCUGAUUCUCCAGUAGUAGCAAUUUUUCUACUUUUUUUAAAAAAACCUUGUUGACCUGGUUUUCAGUGGGGAGCUGGAUAAGAUAAACCUUCUGCAUGGUUUCCAUUUGCGUGCCUGGGGCUGUCCUGUCUUCCAAGGACGCUCUCUUCCUUUAUUGGAGCUUCUUUAAAAUAAAUAAAAAUAGUAGCCACUCGCUUGUAUCUAAGGUAUAUUAUUGUGCAUCUACUGGGAGGGGAUGGCUUUGACUGGCUUUGUAUUCAUGGGAACAAUCAACCAAAUUUGCAGCCUGGGGUAUUGCCAUACUCUUGAAGCUGGUCAAGAGUCAAAAGCAUUACCUGCUUUCUUUUGGUGGUCCAGGAUUCUGCAAAAGUGGAAAACAGCAGUUCUUGUACAUCUUUUUGAGGCCAGUUACAACAGAGGUGCAACCUCAAAGACGCCUGCUCCCCCUCCCUCUCUGCCCUGGUGGCUCGACAUGGCUAUGUGCAACAGACUCAUUGAUCUGAACUGUCCUUGGUUAUCACACGGGAUGGACCAGUCCUGAAGUUCUGUGCAAAAGUUAAAAAAAAAAAAAAAGACUGAAUAGAAACCUAGUAUUCAGUGUGGAUAUAUAUAUGUGCCUAAAUAUAAAUAUUGAACAUUUAUUUAUUAACCCUUUCAGAAGGACCUUCUUAUGGUUUCAAUGUGGUAUUAUGUUUAGUCCUCACUUGAGUAUGCUUGAGCUCUUCCCCCCCCCCUCUUUUUGCACACACGCAUAACUUUGGGAACAAAGUGUCUUUUUUUUUUUAAAGGUCUCCAACAAAAUUGGGCAUGGCUACAGAGUAAGAUAUGUGCCACAUUCUUCAGGGUUUUCUCUCUUCCUGUGUGUGGGAUCUAACUGAGAUUAAAUAUGUAUUUUAAUACCUAUUUUGUGAUAAAACUUUUGUACAGCUUUCCCAUAAAAACAGUUCACAAAUGGAUCCAUAAGUGGGAUGGAACAGACACAUAUUGCAUUGAUAUGGACUAGAUAUUGGUUCAUCCAUCCCUAAUCUUGGAAUGGUACCUUAACAGCUGCUAGAACUGAGAAAGAAGUAUCAUUGUAAGCUGAGUGGAGAGCCAAAUUGAGCAAUCUUGCAUUGGGUGGGGCUUGGAAGCACAAUUUGUGCUUUCCUCCUGGGGAGUUUUUUUCUGAUUUGAAAUAGAUUAUUUGGCAAGGAUGACUAUGUAACUCAGAACACUGACCCUACCCCCAAAGAGUUGGGUUGAAGAGAGUCAGGGAGUUUAUCUCCUCAUCCUAGCCAGCAACUUCUUGGUUAGUCCAAUGCUCCUGGUCACCUGUCCAGCUUCAGGGAUUGCAGGAGCCUUCUCUACUUCUGGCCCUGUCCCCCUUAUCAGCUAUGAGUGGCCUUGCUUUCUGGAUCUUUGCCUGUCUUGACAGAUGAAAGAACAGGCAUCUGCUCAUAUGCAAUUUGCUGGGCUCUAGCCCGCACAUCUAGUUUUUUGCUUUCGUUGGUGUUCAGCUCCAUUGAAAUCAUCCAGAUUGAGACCAAUGUGUAAAGGCUGACUUUAUGUAGAAGAGUUUGCUCAGUGUUAGUCUUAAUGGCUGUAGCUCAGUUGGUAUUCAGAAGGUCCUAGCUUCUCUCCCCAAGCUCUCUAGGUAGUGCUGAGAAAGGCUUCCUGCCUGGAGACUCGUUGCCCGUCUGUGUAGAUAGUACUGAGCUCUUGGGCCAAUGGUCUGACUCUUUCUGUGUCCAAGUUUCUCUGCAAUAAACACAAGAGGACUUCCAUGAUCCUUUGAUUACUGUUAGUGUUGUGAAAAACCCUGGUUGUAGGAAAAACUGACCCCAUGGAUGCCACGACUGCGUUUUGGCAUUUAAGUCUGGCUGAAUGUUUUGUUCCCCAGAAAGCCAAAGUGUGGACUGGCCAGCUUGAACAGCUUGCCCAUAUGGGUAGUGUAGCGCUGUGAUGGACCAUAGGAGCCUAGCUUUUCUGCAGAUGUUGAUCAACCUGUUCGAAUCGGAAUUGGUAAACUGCAAAAUGCAUCUUCCUGUGAAAAAAUCUUCUCCAAACCCAGAAGAGGGUUGUAAUCAGUCCUAUGCAUUUGGGAAGGAGCAGGUCUAUGGGGCUUCCUCUAGGGAUCUGCAUAGGAUCACAGCCCUAAAUUAUAUUGCAUCUCCUAGUAAAUUGGCUGUAUAUUCUACAGGUGGCCCUCUCAUGACUCAGAGCGGAGCAACCUCCCAUUGGGUGGCAGAUCUGGGAGUACCAUUAAAGACGGUCAAUUACAAUCCUAUGACUUUACUCCUCAGUAAGUCCCACAACUCUUGUUGAAUGGUGUGAAUUCCCCUCCCCACAAUGGACUUCCCUUGGAAAAACUCAAGUUGAAGUCUUCUGAGCUGAGAACAACAGUAAAAGGCCAUCAAUUUUUUUAAAUAGUUGAAAUGUGGCAGAACAGUAAAAAUUUGCAGCUGUAUAUUCUGGAAAUAUAGCUCUCAGUUGUGUACUACUUCUGCAUGUGCAGUGCUUUAUUCAAGCAUUGGCCCAGUUUGUGUAUCACAGUAAACCAUAGUUAAUGGUUUUCCAUAAGCAACCUACCUUGCAUGCAGAGGAAGCAAGUCACGAUUCCUGGCUUAGUGUUGUGUCCAAACCCAAGGUUCAUGGUUUGUUUCGCUCAAAUAAACCGUGAUUAAUAAUCCAAGAACGAACCUUGGCCACAGACCGUGGAGUGCUUUUUUGUGGGGUGGGGGAGCGAAACAAAUCGCAUUCCCUGGUUUGACUGCAAGCCAACGGUCAUGCUUUGUUACUCCCCAGUGGGGAGAAGCAAAGUGGAUGCAAUGGGCUCAUGCAUAGUAAACUGUGGUUUUUAUGGCUUAGCAUGAUGUGCAAAAGUUGUCUUGUGUGCAACAGUGCAAGGGGAGAAGGGGAGAGUCUCUUGCAGGGCAAUCCUCCCCACGUUUGCUCAGGAGCUGGUCCCACUGAAUUCUGUAGGACUUGCUCCUGAGCAAGUGUGUGUAGGAUUGUGGCUGUUGAGCUGAGAGGCAAAGGAGUGAAUGAACUACUGAGUGGGAAAAACUCUUCUUUGUAUAAUAAUUCACGCACUGAAGCCUGGGGUGUUUCUGUAAGUAUUUAAGAAAUGUAUUUAUGUUAAUGCAAAUAUUAUUGCUUUCUUGUAAUAUUAUAUAUAUAUAUUGUAAAUAGUAAGGUCUAUUCUCCUGUGGUUUUUAAUAUAUAUACUGUAUAUAUAAAUAGUAUUGAAGCACAUGCAUUAAAUUGUAUAGGCAGGUGUAAUACACAUUCUGUUUUUAUUAACCCCUUUUUGAACUUGGGAGAACUUCUAUGGGCCUUUUGUCAGUCCAAGGUCAUAUUACAAGUUAUCCUCCUCAGUAAGCUUGAUGCCAGUGCUUUCUUGACCUUAAAUCCUGGGUGGCCAUCAUGGUGCCCUCCAGAUAUUGUUGGAUGCAGACACCCAUUAAUCCUUGACCAUUAGCCAUGCAAACUGAGGCUGAUGGGAGUUCGGAGUCCCAACACCAUUGGGAGGACGUUGCAUGGGCUAUCCCUGCUGAAAACAUUGGUGGGAAGAAAAUAGACCAGGAUCCAAAGUACUACCCUUCGGAGAAGCAUCCAGAGGCUGGCUUGUGUCCAGUGAGAUGUGUAAUUUCAAGUUGACACUCAUGCUAGAUCUCAAAACUGCUCUGGACUCUCCUUGGUUUCAGAAAAACCUUUGAGCAGUGGAGAACAGCGGGGAGGUUUCUGGUGUUUGAAAAUGCAUGUCCAAAGCCCUCUGAUCUAGUUCCUUGAUGGUUCCUUGGAUGAUGCUCCUUGGAGGCUGUCUAUGGAACAGAAAAAGGGAAGGGAAGUCCUUAAGGCAGCCUUCGUCAACCUGGUGCCCUCCAGGUGGUGUUGGACUACAACUCCCAUCAGCCCCAGCUAGCUGGAGAUCACCAGGCAAAUGGAUGCCUUAACAUCCAUGAAGCCUUAAUGAAAGUGUCCUCCAGUGGCUGAGAACCAGCAGAGUUCUUGGAUCCUAAAUCUUCUAUAUUGCUUGCUGCUUGCAUCCCUCGGGGCUGUUUUGUACAUUAACAUUUUUAGCAAACGCUCAAACUUACACUACGCAAUAUUUUGUAGAAAUAUAUAUAUGCAAUAUGGGUGCAUACUGCAGAGUAUUUUUUUAUCAGCUAUGGUGCCGUGUGGCACGGACCCAUUUGAAGAAAGACUGCAUUCCUGCAGUCUGUGAAAGUUGUGUGAAAAGCCGGUAGUUUAAGAGUUGAUUUUAGGAUUUAAAAAACACACACUCAGAAACAAAAUCCAGGACAUGGUGUGUUGAACUACUGAAGUUACAAAGAACCUGUGACUAUCCCUGGAGUCAAAUCCUUAAGGGCCAAUGCACCCAACGGACAUGUUAAGACAAUGAGCUGACUAUCAUUGGAGCUGCCCACCCAUUGCAUUGGAUUCGGCACUGUCAUGGAGAUGGCAUCGUCAUGUGCCAAACGCUAGCUGGGCCCAACAUAUCUCUGCUCUAAAUGGGCCAUUUUUUUUGUCCCAUGACCUAACAAUGGGCUCACUCUCUUUGUAGCCCGGAGGUAAGCUGUCUAGGCCACCCGUGGCUGAAAAUGAUCUAGACUUUUUUGACGCUUAACACAUUGAAUGUGUCUUAAGAUAGACAUGGCCCUAGUCUGCGAGUCUGAUCCUUGAAUAUUUGAGUGGCGGUUGUUUCACUCUAAAACAGCUGGUUUUAAUUAACCUAAGAACGAUCACAAUGGUUGGCUCCUUUGUAAAACCUGGAGCAAUGCACUUGGACCUUCAGUCUUUAGCCAGAAAUUAAAAAGGAAAGCAUUUAGCUUCUUCUAAAUCUGACUCCAUAUGAGACCUAACCAAGGAGGAAGAGAGAAUGGAGUAAAACCCACCACAGCUUUGCUAGCCCAGGGAAGACCAGGAGCAUUAAUAAGGAAGGCUGGAACAUAGGAAACUGCCUUUUGUUGAAUCAGACCAUUGGCCUAUCUAGCUCAGUACAACCCACACUGAUUGGCAGUGCCUCUCCAGGAUUUCAGGCAGGGGACAUCCUCAGCCCUACCUGGAGAUGCUGGGGAUCGAAGCUGGGACCUCCUGCCUGUGAAGCAGAUGCUUCCAAAACAUGUCCAAAAGAUUGCAGGGAAGGCAGAGGACCUGAUAAGAGUUGUUGCUUAGCAGCGGUUCUUGAACGUUCAUAGUUUCAGCCUCUGUUUUUUUGGUUCUGGGCACAACAGAGAGAGGUGAUCUCUUCGACUCUCCCCAAAAGCCAUCUUUGUUGUGAGUUCUUAAUUUAAGAAAUUGCCAUUUGAAUUUGGACCAGCAUCCCUUCAUUUCUAUUGUUUUGUUUUUGGAUGCAUGGGUCAUUCUCAUUCAACAUGGCAUCAUCCCAGCUCAUUUGACGGUUGCUGAUUCCACCUUUCAUUCAAGCAGUAUGAAUGGGGACUUGGCAGACUGGUUAUGCGCCCUCGGGGGGCAGAGUUCCUUUUGGGGAGGGUUGUGAGGAGCAAAUGCUAACAUAUGAAGGAUUUGUAGUAUGCAAUUUCUAUGGGGUGGGGGGUGGUUAACGUCUUAUGGGGGCCUAAAUUAUUUUUCUCUACCUCAUAUGUACAGCUUCGUUAGGUAUAAAUCUGAUUCUUGAGUGACUGUGGCGAAUGUAUUUAAAUUAUUUAACAUCUUUGUAUAACAAAUG